AUCAGGCUGAGUUUGAAGCCAGGUUCACAGUGGAAUGGCUGAAGAAAGUGCUGCAGUCCAUCGCUGACAACGUGCUGUCAGACCUCAUCCUGCCGUGGCUCAGGGGGGACUUCGUACCCUUCGUACUCAGGGUCCUCCCAGAGGGACGGGCUGUUCUUGCACAGUGGUUGGAACAGAGGGCCCGGAAUUUGGAACUUUCAGAGAAGUCUGGCUGGCCUGAGAAUGGACUAGCCAUGGCAGAGCUGAUGGUGAAGGUGGGAGGGAGGCAGGCUGAGUGGGAGAACGGCAAAAUGUUGCUGACUCCUGCACAACUGGUUACCCAGGAAACAACCACCUCCAUCACCUUCCGCAUGCUGGACCGUGUGGUUGCACCAGAGCUCAUCCCUGCCACCAUAGACAAGAUGGUACGACCCUACAUGAGGGACCAUGGCCUGGAAGAGGACAAAGUUCUCCUGCAGUACAUUCAGGACCUGCUGGAACAGUGCAGUGGCAGGGCCUCCUACCAGCUGGAGGCAUCCUGGGAAGUCAAGGCCAUCACAUGUGUGCACUGCAUGAAGGACAUGGAGUGCAAGUAUGAAGGCACCCUACUGCUGAUGAACAAGGCAGUCAUCCCCUGGAGCCAGGCUAUGGAAGCCUUUGUAGCUGAAGCACUGAAAUGGAAACACCCCAGGGCCCCUGACCUCCAGCACAGAUACAGCAUGAUCAACCUGAGGAAGAUGCUGGCAAACUAUGCCCUCAGGAACUACAAUGUCUCUGAGUUCACUACUGCACCGGCACUGCUGAAGUACAUCCUUCACAAGGAUCAGCCUACUGUCAUGCAGGAUGCACUACAGGUGGUUGAGGCAUACCCGGAUCACUUAAAGAAGACAGAUGCCUACAAUAUCAGAACCCACUUCCUCAUCCAGGAGAACAGGCUGUCAGAGUGCAUGGCACUCCUGAAGUCUCUGCCUCAAGAAGAGGUGGAGGUGUGUGUGAGGAGGAUAGCCAUCUGGGCAGAACUCACCCUGCAAGACUCCAUUAUUGCUGAUGAGGAGAUGCACAAGAAGCAGCAGAUGAUAGCAGUGGAAGCAGCUUUGUUAGCGCUGAAACACCUUGCAGAUAUAGAAGAGGACACGUUUAACCUACUGGAGUAUGAAGAAAAAUUGCAGGACUUCCAGAACAUCUUUGCUCUGCAGAAGGAGUAUGGAGAGUUCAUGACCAGAUCAGAGUACCAGGACCCUGAGUUCAGGAAAGCAGUUCUGAUGGAACAUCUUGCCAAGUUCUUCCAGAGCAUGACUCAAGCUGAUGAAGGGGAGGAUGGUGAUGCAAGUGAGGAGUGUCCAUGCCAUGAUGAUAGAAAGAGAAGACAUAUGAAAGGAAACUACAGCAAGAUGUUCAGGCUUGCCAAGCUGUUGGGGGUGUCCUCUGAUGAACUUCGGGGUCACUUGGCUGUUCGUGCCUCUCAGGAUGGAAACAUCGACAGUGCCAUCAACAUGUGCCAGAUCCUCUAUGAGCAGGCUCCAAAUGCCACCACGGGAAGGGUACUGUAUAAUGUUGCACACAACCUGUGCAGCAUGCAGGCGGAGCCUGAAGCACACCUGGCUGCUCAGCAGAGGUCGGACAUCACUAACAUCAUACACCAGCUGGCCAGCCGAGCACUCACCAUCUGUGAGCAAGACCUGCUGUGUGAUUGCCUGGAGCUGUGCAAGUGCAGCUCCCUGUCUCAGCGGGUUUACCAGAAGUGUGAGAAGGCUGCUUACGAUGGAUCUGUACAGCCUGCAGAUGAUGAAGACCACUUGGCUGGGCCCCAGAAGGACCCAUAUUCAGAGUGGACUUAUGAUAGCUUCUUCAAGGAGGAUGGCCUUGUUCUGGAUACUGCUGAAGCCAUGCCACUGACUUACCAGUUCACCUUAGCAUGCCUUCCACAAGCAGGCUGCAGUGUCAAAGGUUCUGUUAGUCCACUGAAUCAUGCAAGGGUUGCUGGCCGUUCCUCGCCUGAAGACGAUGAAGGGAGUGAGCGUAUCCUUGAUGAGAUCCAUGCCAGCACCUCCAGCAUUGUGCAGUACCUACAGGAGAGCAGUCUGUAUCAGUUGGCCUUCCAGUUCUCUGUGCAGGCUCUAGGAGUGUGCCUGCAACAUGUCCUGAUGGAUGAUAUCCUAAACUUGCCUACACAAGCAGAUCAGGAGCAACAGGCAUUCAGAGCCAUAAAAAGGAGGAAACUGUUGGCAAUGGGGAAACAGGGAUCAGUCAUGGGCAGUGAGUUCAUCACAGCACUCCUGACAAAGCUGUUCAGCUGCAGACGUGUGGACCACAACCUGGCCCUGGGAUAUGUCAGUGUGCUGAAUAAAGCUGAUGCCUUCAAGAAGUUAAAGUCACAGUCAGCAUCAGCCGGGCUGAACUACAGGAGAGUUCUGGCCAUUGCGAAUGUUGGGAAGGACCUUGCCAGACUGGUUGGUCAGGAGGAUGUGCUGAAGGCCUGUGAGAGUCUGGCCGCUGAUGCAAGCUGGGGACACAGGCUGCAGAAAAUGAAGAUUUCCUUCAAGGAUGCCUUUCAGAAGGAAUCUGCAGCCAAACACAAGCUUUUGUCAACUAUUAUAGCCAAUGAGCAGACUGACUUGGAGCUCAUCCUGGACUACUGCAGGACAUUUCGGCUCAAUCCGAGCGAUGCCUUGCUGCUGUACCUGGAGUACUUGCUGCUGCUGCAGCCAACGUUGGACCCAGCUGGCACCAGUACUCUGGACGCCCACAUCAAACAUGCCUCGCAGUGUGUCAGCAAGGUCGACCCCAUCAUCGCACAGAUUCCUGUGAAAGACAUCCUGCUCAAACGCAUGGCUAACCUCUUGGUUACCAAGAUCAAUUUCUAUGACUAUGAGCGCAUCAGGUUUGUCCUGUCUGUCAUGGAGAUGAACAUGGAGCGAGAGAAGACAACUUUUGUCUGGACUAUAGACCUUGCCAAAGGUUUGGAGCUCCUGGAGUUCUUGUGGCAUUACCGCCGCACACAGGACCCAGAUCAGUACGAGCUCAACUUCAAACCAACUGCUGAUGCAGAGGAUGAAGAGCAAAGAAAGCUUUUCACCGAGUUUGUCACUGCACCUCUACUGUCCAAGAAGAGACUGCCAUUCCAUCCUCUUCUGCUAGGGGACCCAUGGAAGAUCAUACGCCCAGAGUUAUCAGUAGAGACUGUAUCUGCUCUCCUUUCCAUUACAAAGCUACUGAAGAUGCCGACAGACCAAGUGUAUGUGUCAGCCAUCCAGAACAUGGUGAACUCCUGUGUGAAGGACCAGCCCAGAGAUGUCAUCCCUGCACCUGAUGAACACAGCUCCAUGGAGCUGCGCAAACUGCCAGGGCUGGAUAGGAAGCUGGUGGAAGGCAUCAGGUCCCUGCUGCUGCAGGUGUCGGACCUACAACUGGCCGUGGCUACAUCCAGAUGGGUCGCCAAGGAGUUACCCUUGGGUGCAGAGCAAGUCAUGGCACUGAAAGCAUGUGCCUUCCUCACAAAGAAGUGGAAAGAAUCUCUGCCAGAAGAUUCCCCUAACCUAGAGAAGGCCAGUAUCAUGCUGAACCGUGUGACAGCAGCCACCCAGCAGAUUGCCACCCAGCAUGUUCUGUACAAGUACCGCCUGGCCAAGACACCGUACCUCAGUCUGGCCAACUCACCUGCCAGACUCAUCUUCAAGCUGUACGAGGAUGAGAGCAUUGAGAGAAGACUGGUGGAGAAGGCUGGAGUUUUUCCAGACAUCCAUGCUGCUGCAGAGGAGAUAUCACAGAUAGGAUCCAGGGACCUGGGCAAGAUCAGAGUCACCCUGUUUGAGCAGUGGUUACAUGCCAGCGGGGGCAGCAAGCAAGGGGAGGAACAAGACUCGACAGAAACUCUGAACUUUAAUACUGAACCCGAAAACCAGGAGGCAAAAGAAGAAGAAAGGUCUCUUCACAGAAUGGUGUACUUGAUGCAGUUCCAGGCCAUGGAGAAAAGUGCCACAUUCCUACUCAACAUCGCUUACACUUCCGGUUCCAAGGUGACGUAUGUCAGCAGGGUCAGGGCUCUCCGCUGCCUGCUCAGUCUGGUGGACAGCCAGGUCAUCCAAACCAUCGCCAAGAAACCAGUGGAGGAAAUCAGGGAGUACAUGAAGUCCCUGCUGUACCUGGCUGAGCUGGAGGCUCUCCAUGUUCCACAAACACUGGAGUCAUUCAACAAGAGCAACAAGGCAGCCCUGGCCAGGGGGCUGUGGCGCAAUCACAACCAUGAGUGGAGGGCUGUGCGUCUGGUGUCCGACCUGUGUCUGGACUAUGAGAUCUGGGACCCCCACAUGUGGAACAGCAUCCUGCAGCAGCUGCUGGCCUUUAGGAUGCUUAAAUACCUGGAACAUGUGCUUGUCAGACUGUCUGCAAUCUCUGACUUGUGGCAGGUGGGCUGUCUUAUGAGAGCAUGGAAGACAGUCUUACUAUCACCUUUCACAACAGCUUGUGAAGACCAGAAAGCAGCCUGUUUGAAGGUGUACACUCUCACGCAAAGAUGCCCCCUGCUGCUGGAGCUGGAUGUAGCUGGGUUCUCCCGACAGUUCCUGCAGGCGGGGCUGCCUGCCUGUGCACUCGGCUGUCUGCUCUUCCUGCCAGACGGUCAGAAAAGGAACAAACACAUACAGACUCUGCUUGCCAGCGGCUGCAGUCUUGGUAUCUUGGACCAGAUGAAAGAGUUAGAGCUGGCCAGAACCCCCCUCUCCCAGGCAGAACAGAUUGUUGGAGAGGUGUACCAGUACCUGGAUAUCACCAAUCAGUAUGAUAUUUUGCUGGAUCAGCCUCACUACAGCUCACUGCAGGCCUACCUGGUGCGCCAUGACAGGACCUCGUCUCUGGUGCGGUGGCUACUCCAAAAUGACAGACUGACAGAGGCUAUCCACCUGGCACAACAGUACAACCAGGUGCAUGGGGACAGCAGCAGCUCUGUCACCACCAAAGCUGGCCUACAACAGCUACAGGACUUCCUGAUAUCCCAGAACCUACCAUCAUGUGUGGAGAUGCUCAAUGUUGCAGAAAAUGGAGGGGACCAGCCCAUGGAUGUAGACAAGUAGCAACUGUGUCAACAUUAUUAUACUUUCUAUGUACCCAGAUUUGUCCGAUGUCCCGA